GUAAGCAGGGUGGGGCUAGUGCGCGUGCGCGGUUUUAAUACUCCUCCCAAACUGCCAACUCUUCGCGCAGGCGAGUUAGGCUCUUUUUGCCUAGGUUUACGCGUGCGCCCUAACGGGCUUGGUUCCCGGAAGACUAGACGCCUGCGCAGUGGGGGCUACGGUGACAGCCCUCCGGGUGGGGCCCGGAUCAGUCAUGGCGGAGUCUUGGUCUGGGCAGUCCUUGCAAGUUCUCCCGGCCACGGUGCUGGGUGCUCUGGGCGCCCUGGGCAGCGAGUUCCUGCGGGAGUGGGAGGCGCAGGACAUGCGUGUGACCCUCUUCAAGCUGCUGUUGCUGUGGUUGGUGUUAAGUCUCCUGGGCAUCCAGCUGGCGUGGGGGUUCUACGGGAGCACGGUGACCGGGCUGUAUCAUCGCCCAGGUCUGGGCGGCCAGAACGGAUCCACACCUGAUGGCUCCACGCAUUUCCCUUCUUGGGAAACAGCAGCAAAUGAACCUCUCAAAACCCACAGAGAAUAAGGGAAGGCAGCAGAGGGGUCUCCAGGGACAUCUGCCAGCUCCCACACUGGGUUCUACUGCUGCCCAGACCCCAGGGAUGACUGCAAGGGGCAUCAGGGUUGGGGAGUAGGGAGUACCCCAGUGCUUGUGGAGUUGGGCCUCCACUGCCCUUGGCAUUUCCUCAAGCAGCCCCAAGCAUUGAGCCAGUCAAGUUUGCCUCUACCCUGAUCUGGGUGCCUUAGAGAAGGCAUUCUCCUCCUCUCGGGGGUCAGUUUAGGAGAAUCCUCUGGGUUAGGAAGCCCAGCAGUCCAUUUCCUCUUGGCUUUUUCCUGUCACUCUUCCCAUCCCCCUGGGAUGUGACCCCUAGAGAUCUGUCCCUCUGAGAGCACGCCUGAGGUUGACUAGCUCUGGGAUUUGUAGGGAAAGUCUGUUUUCCCCUAAGCCCUAGGUUUACUGAAUUUGGUUUUGCUGUGUUGUCAGGGAGCCAGGUAUCUUGCCCUGGACAUAGUCUUAUACUCUAUGGUUACUUAGCUGGCCAUUCAUGUAUAAGGCAGGGGGCAGCUGGCAAUAUCCAGACAUGGAGGCACCAAACACCCACCUUCCUGUCCCAUCCAGAGCUCUCCAGGUGUGAGCCAAGCUAUGGAAACUAUCUUACCUAAGUAUAGUACUCAUAUUCUUCUCAAUCCUUCUUGAAGGGAAGCUGGGUACCUGAAACAGACUGAGCCCCAGGGUGACUUCCCACCCCCACCACUUAAGUGCCCAUAGGAUUCUAAGCAGUCAGUGCAGAACAGCCCUACCCUGCCCUACAGCCUCAACACUUCCCAUCUUGACCUGGAACCACAGGAGCUUCGUGAUGAGAGCCCACAUGUUCAGCUCCUCCCCACUAUCACCAUCUCAGCUCCCAACAACUUAAGAGGGCAGAGCCACAGGCUAGGCAGGCCAGCCCCGUCCAAAAUAAGCCAGGAGAACUUCCAAAGGUAUGGGUGGCAAACACCCGCUCCUAAAGUUAGUGUGGUCCUAGACCUGUCUCCUUCCCUGUACUUCUGCCUGCUCCCUCUGUUAGAUGUCACAUUUCUAUCUGGCAGCCUUUGCCUAGAUCUUUGCACGCAGGUGCACCAGAAGUAGGACUACACUGAGUUCUUGCACAGGUACUUACUGCAGAGCUGCCUUCUGGCUGGCAGGAUGAUGAUUUACCCACUGACAACCACCACAUAGGGUCUCACAUUCCACCCCAGGCUCAACUGAGGAUGUGGCUUAUUAAACAUGGAAGUGUA